AUGGAGUCACUUGGAAUAUCUUCUGGUUCUUUUUCGAUUACCCACUGGCUAAUAUGCAUUCUUGGCGCUGCCCUUUUGAGCGUCAUAUAUCGUAGACUCACAAAUCCUCUGUCUCAUAUACCCGGGCCCGAGAUAUCGAAAUGGACAGAAGCCAUUUAUACAUACAACUGGUUAAAGGGAAGGACUCCGAUGUAUGUCCAUCAGCUUCAUGAAAAGCAUGGCCCUAUUGUACGAAUCAGCCCAGAUCAGGUCGAUAUCUGCGACGUAGACGCCGUGAAGGAGAUCCAUAAAACAAAUAGUCGCUUUGCUAAAACUGCUUUUUAUCGCAAGUUGGCCUUAGGCAAUGUGCCCACCACAUUUUCAACCACCGACAGAAAUUUCCAUACCCACCACCGGCGUCUUUUGGCAUCGCCUAUCUCUGACUCUUCGCUGGCUCGCCUUGAGCCACUAAUAGCCAAUCGUGUGCGUACAGCUGUUAACAAAAUCACAAUGGAGCUGACGGCUUAUGGCGUUACCGAUGUGUUCAAGUGGUGGCUGUUUAUGGCCACGGACAUCAUUGGUGAACUCACAUUUGGCGACUCAUUUCGAAUGCUUGAGGUCGGCAAGAAAAAUCAAUACAGCCUUGACAUGGAAAGACUGAUAUCACUACAGCCCUUUCGAACGACGUUCCCGUCUCUAGUAAAGAUUGCAAGAUAUUUUCCACUGCCGGCUAUUAAGGAAACAGCGAAAGCAGAGGACAGACUCCAGACGUAUGCCAUGCAGUCAGUUGAUCGCUACAAAAAGCUCAUCUGCCAAAACCCAUCCAACCCAAAGCAAACUCUGUUCGCGAAACUGUUUGAUGAAAAGAGUGGCAUGUCGUACUCGGAUAUUACACAGGAGGCUCAGGAAUAUAUUGUUGCAGGAAGUGAUACUACAGCUGUCACAUUGACCUAUCUUACGUAUUCCGUGUGUCGGGACAGCCGAGUGCGAGAGAAGCUUGUUGCCGAGUUGGCUACUAUUCCUGAGCCUGUCACGGACAAAAGGCUCAGAGACCUGACAUAUCUCAAUCAGAUUAUCAGCGAGACUUUGAGAUUAUAUACAGCUGUUCCUUUUGGUUUACCUCGACUAGUGCCACCCGAAGGUGCUCAGUUCAACGGGUACCAUGUGCCAGGAGGGACCACGGUUUCAACCCAGGCCUAUAGUCUUCAUCGAGACCAUAUUAUCUUUCCAGACCCGGAUAAUUUCAAACCCGAGAGGUGGGAAUAUCCCACAAAAGAAAUGAAGGACGCUUCUUUACCAUUUGGUGGUGGAUCAAGGAUCUGUUUGGGUAUACACCUAGCUCGAAUGGAGCUCCGUCUAGCCACGGCACUUUUCUUCCGAGCCCUGCCCAAUGCCCGACCUUCUACGAAAGAAGGUAUGACAGCCAACGAGAUGGAGAUGCAAUCCUUCUUCUUAAUGGCCCCGCAAGGCCAUCGUUGCAUUAUCGAGGCAUGA